AUUUCUAAACAGUAUUGGAUAGAUUAGAUGGUUAUAAGUGGACAAAAAAAAGUUUAGGGGUUAUGCGAACAACCAUUUUCUAGUCUAGAACAAAUGCACAGAGAAAAAAACCGAGCAGACGGUGCCGGCGGGCGGUGGGCGGUGGGCGGCCGAGAUGCGACCACGCGAGCCGGCCGGCCGUCCAUCGGCAUCGGCUUGCUUCGUCCCCAGGGCAGCUCCCGUGCUGUGCUCCCGCCCACCCACCACCAACCACUCACUCCCCCUUCUCCCCCUUGCCUCCAUCGCCAUCGCCAUCUCCCUCUCCACCUUCAUCCAUCCAUGACUACCCGGCAGCAGCAGCAGCAGCAGCAGCGCCAGUCCUCCUCAACCCCACCACCACCGCCAUCGGCAUGGCCCUCCCUUGCUGCCUUGGAGGAUGCCGCCGCGCUCAGGCUUAGGCUUAGGCUUAGUCUUAGGCUCAGUCUUGGCCCCGCGCGCUCGUCGCCAUGGACGCCCUAGGCGCCGCGCUGCCGCGGCUCGCUCUCGCCGACGCCGACCCCGGGCCGGACGACGCGUGCGGGAGCCCCUGCUCCGUCGCCAGCGACUGCAGCAGCGUCGCCUCCGCCGACUUCGAGGGCCUCUUCUCCCCCUCCGGCGCCGACGCGGGCCCGCCCUCGCUCCUCUCCGACGACCUGCCCGCGGCCGCCGCCGAGGCCGCCACGGUCCCCUGCAGGAGCGUCUUCGCCCUCGACUCCCCGCCGCUCUGGGGGCUCCAGUCCGUCUGCGGCCGCCGCCCGGAGAUGGAGGACGCCGCCGCCGUCGUCCCGCGCUUCCACCGCGUCCCGCUCUGGAUGGUCGCCGGCGACGGCGCCGCCGUCGACGACCUCGACCGCACCUCCUUCCGUCUCCCCGCGCACUUCUUCGCCGUCUACGACGGCCACGGCGGCGCCGAGGUCGCCGACUACUGCCGAGACAAGCUCCACACCGCGCUCGUCCAAGAGCUGCGCGCCGCAGAGGGCCGCGUCGGCGGCUGCGACGACCUCAGCUCCCUUGACUCCAAGAAGCAGUGGGAGAAGGCGUUCGUGGACUGUUUCUGCCGCGUCGACGCCGAGGUCGAGGCGCCGGACACAGCGGGUUCGACGGCGGUGGCCGCGGUCGUCUGCUCGUCUCACAUCAUCGUUUCCAACUGCGGGGACUCGCGGGCGGUGCUGUGCCGGGGCAAGGCGCCAUUGCCACUCUCUCUGGACCAUAAGCCCAACAGGGAAGACGAGUACGCGAGGAUCGAGGCGCUGGGCGGCAAGGUCAUCCAGUGGAAUGGCUAUCGAGUUCUCGGUGUUCUUGCCAUGUCGCGCUCCAUCGGGGACAGAUACCUGAAACCGUACAUAAUCCCGGUCCCUGAGGUGACGGUGGUUGCCCGGGCGAGAGAGGAUGAGUGCCUCAUCCUCGCAAGCGAUGGCCUCUGGGACGUCUUGUCCAAUGAGGAGGUGUGCGACGCCGCUCGCAAGCGAAUCCUACUCUGGCACAAGAAGAACGCUGCCGCUGCCGCCUCCUCCUCCUCCUCCCGAGGAGGCGACGGUGCCUCGCCGGAUCCCGCCGCUCAGGCGGCCGCCGAGUACCUCUCCAAGCUCGCCCUCCACAAGGGGAGCAAGGACAACAUCACCGUCCUCGUGGUCGACCUCAAGGCACAUAGGAAGUUGAGGAGCAAGACUGACAAUAACAACAGAUAGUAAGCAACCCAACCCAUAGGAAGCUCAAGACCAAAACCUCAUGACAGUGACUAGGAGUGCAUAUACACACCAUUACAUAGUUAGGUUUGAAACAUAAAAAUCAUAUGCACAUAUUUUUCACGAAAAAGAAGUGCUUUUAGAACAAUAUAAUUUUCUUGACCCUUACACAUGUACUGCAGUAGAAAGCAGCAGUUAAGUUAUGCUUUGAAUUGAAGACCAUGUCUCAUGUACCCAAGGGAGUACUCUGCUUUAGUGUUUCCAGUUUUCACCCCUGUCAAUGAAGAAGCAGGCUGUUUUACUUGACCUAUUGAAUUAGGCUGUUUUAUUA